AUGGCAGCGAAAGAACCCCAACCAAAGGACCUCCCCAUCGACCCGAAGUAUGACCACUACGACUUCCCCACGUCUGCUCCGACGCCGCAGGCUGGACACCCGGGAUAUACCACGCCCGAGCAGGAUGCACAGGUAUUCCAGCUUCGAAAGCAGCUGGAAGACGCAGGAUGCAAGGACAGGCUAGAUACGUUGACGCUGCUGCGGUUUCUGAGGGCGAGGAAGUUCAAUAUCGAAGCUUCGAAGGCGAUGUUCCUUGCGUGUGAGAAAUGGCGAACAGAGUUCAAAACCAAUACGCUGGUAGCGGACUUUGACUACCCUGAGAAAGAGAAGAUGUUCGAAUUCUACCCUCAAUUCUACCAUAAGACGGAUAAGGACGGCCGACCAGUGUACAUUGAACAAUUUGGCAAAAUCAACCUAGACGCCAUGUACAAAAUCACCACCAGCGACCGCAUGCUUAAACAUCUGGUAUGCGAGUACGAAAAGCUCGCUGAUAACCGCCUGCCCGCCUGCGCCCGGAAAUCCGGCCACCUGCUCGAAACCUGCUGCACGAUAAUGGACAUGAAGGGCGUGGGUCUUUCCAACGCUUCAUCCGUCAUCGGCUACGUCCGUCAAGCCUCUGCCAUUUCUCAGAACUAUUACCCGGAGCGACUGGGGAAGCUGUACAUCAUCAAUGCGCCGUGGGGGUUCAGCACGGUGUUUGGCAUGGUCAAGGGCUUCCUUGAUCCCGUCACCGUGAAGAAGAUUGCUGUUCUAGGAAGCGGAUACGAGAGCGAGUUGCUCUCACAGAUCCCAGCAGAGAACCUGCCUGUGCAGUUUGGUGGGAAGUGUGAGUGUGAGGGUGGCUGUAUGUUGAGUGAUAUGGGCCCCUGGCAGGAGCCGGAGUGGUUGACUCCACAGGAGAAGAAGACAGAGCAGGUGAAGACGGAAGUGGUGAAGGAGGAGGCUAAGAAGGAGGCUGGAGAGGAGGAGAAGAAGGAUGGAGAGGAUGAAGGGGAGAAGAAAGAGGGGGAAAAGGAGAAGGUUGUUGAUCCUGCUGCUGCUGAGGGUGCUGCGCCAGCUGCUACUACGACGGCUCCAGCCCCAGCCCCAGCCCCAGCUCCGGCUGCUGCUUAG